GUCAUUUGUAUUUUGUGGCAAAAGAUCAAACAUUUAGUUUUAAGCGGCGUUUCGCACCUUUUGCUAUUCUGCUUACACACACACAAUAGCUCGUACAUGCGUAUGUGUUAGUAGUCGAUAGUUCGGCAGAGCACAACUUAAGCGUUUAAGCGCCGGUGUUUGCUUUAAAGUUUAGGCGAAAAUCAGUUUUUGAGAUGAGUUUGGUUGCCGGCAAUUACACGCCACAAUAUCACUUGUCGCUUCAGUUGCGACCGGGUUCGCAUUCAAAACGGUUCAAUUUCCGCGACGUUAGCUUAUGUGUUCGGUUGCCAGUUUUCCAAUCAUAAAUUAAAAAUGAUUUUGGACUUAGGGAAAUCACAACGCAUCCUUGGCGCGCAGCGCUUAAUACUUCUACUCGGUUUAAGCUGUCUAGUCAGUGGCGCGACGCAUGAUGAGUUGCCGCAGUGCAGCCUAUCGGGUGUUUACAAGACACGACAGAGCGUUGUGGAGUCACCGAAUUAUCCAAAUAAUUAUCCGAUAAGUGCCUGUUGGGAUUACGUGAUACGCUCGCCUUACCGUUGUCCAACAAAGUUCCAUAUACAAUUCUUAGAUUUUCAUCUUGAAUCGUCGGCGAAUUGCACAAACGACUAUUUAGCUAUUGGUGUGGAGAAUGAUGGCGAUGAUAUGGAUCUGCUGUGCGGUCAAGUAAUUGGCAUAAAAAAGUAUCACACACCGGGCGGUAUACUGCGGCUGCGUUUCUUUUCGGACAGCUCGCCAUGGACGACUGCGCGUGGCUUUAAAUUGUUGAUCACUCGCUUGGCUUGCGAGCGCGAGGAUUAUUUACGCGAAAACCUCGAUACGAAUGACGAGGAUACCGAAGAAAUUUUAGCACCCUCGUCCAAUUUCCAACCACCGCAGGCCAUAGUGCCGCAAUUAUUUCGUAAUUGGACACAAGUAGCACAGCAUGUACCGUACCCCACACCUCCGUUAUUCGGUUGGAACUUACCAGCGCCGCCACCGCCCGCCUUUGGUAAUUUAUACGGGCCGCAGCUAAAUCCACAAUACAAUAAACUUAACGAAGGCAUUAAGCCUUGCAAGCCCGAGCAAGCAUAUUUGAGUCCAUAUCCGACAUAUCCACAAUACCCAGUCUUAGGUUAUAGAAGUAAUAAUGUGCAGACGCUUGUGAGCUCUGAUCAAUAUGUAAGUGAUUGGCAGUUGGGCGCGCAAAGUAAGCAGCUAGGAGAAGAACAAGAGCAGAUAUUGAAAACUAAAUCGUUAGUUAAGUCGGGAAAUGAGCCGCAACCGCGUCAACAAUUUUUCGGUGCAGCGUUACCUGGCGCUCAAUUAGCUGGUUUGCAACCUACCGCGCUGCCACCACAUAACGCACCGUUCGGUGGUGUUCCUUUUGGUGCUAUGCAACCGGCAACCUUACAGGAAGACAGUGCACUAUUUGAUAAUACUCAAGCAGUUGUUACAACGGCAUCCACACAGCAUUGUUGCACAUCAUACUUUCAUCAGAAGCGCUUUUAUCUCUCCAGCCCGGGCUUUCCGCGCACUGCAUUCACAUCACUUUUGCCAACGCAGCAACGUGAUUGCCAAUUCGGCUUGGAAAAAAAUGCGGAUAACAUAUGUCGUCUACGCAUAGAAUUCAAAUUUUUCGACUUUGGUCAAACUUAUGUGGGCACUGGCACAACGCAGGGGAAUAUCAAUGUGGCCAUUAGUACAAGUAGAGAUGUCUGCACCGAAGACUUUAUCGAAAUCAAUGGCGAACGCUUUUGCGGUUGUCGCACCGGCUAUAUUUACACAAGUCCUUGGGGUUUAGGCGCUAAGCAGAUACGCAUGCGUAUGGGCUAUUCGGGCUUAUCGUCGAGUGGUUUCUUGCUUGAGAUCUACCAAGAGGAAUGCCAAGACACCGCCUUUGUACAACCGCAACGGCCGGCACAUGAUACACCGACAACUGUCUCACGCCCAGGCGUUACACAAGGGCAAGUUAGUGUCGGUCAACUGAACGCUAUAAACCACCCAAAUGUACAUAAUCCCGUACAUCAAACCACAUUUAACCGACAUCAAUUGCCCGCCUAUCCGCAGCCAUCCUACUUUGCGCAACAACCACAAACGCACUUACCACCUGACCAGAUACCAUAUCAUCCACUACAAACUCCAACCGUUAAUCCCUUCUUGACGACACAACAGCCACAAUUUUGGCCACCGGCAACACAGCAGCCAUACGCCGGCAUGCCAAGCCCAUUCCCACCGUUUGGUGUGCCACCAGUACCGCUGUAUCGCCAUGCGCGCACUUCGAGCUCGAUUGCGGCGGCGGCGAGCACAAACCAACCAAUGACCGUGGUCGAAACUAAUUCGACGCGCAAAGAAUACUAUUACUUUGACGGCGACGAGGCGUUUGGUCGUUUACGUGCUAACGAUGAGCCGGACGAUGUGGAUCGCAACGGAGUAACGCCGUCAGCAGCGGUGCGCGACCGUUGCAGUUACUCGACAAUGGAUGCGCUACGCUUGACCGUGGAUAGAUUGUGGAUAACCAAGCCCACUUGUUAUGCACCGUUGCGCAGCUGGUUCAGCAACGUUUUCGGUUAAGGAGAUACCGAGAUUGAUACACGAAUUCUUAUGCAAUAAAGAGAUUAUGCUGUGUACACAUGUGUGUAAGAUAAACGAAAUAAAAACGCCGAGCUGCUCGAGCUCAAAAUAA